UGGAGCUGCUGCCUGCGGAACAAAGACGACUGUUGAAAUGGAAGAUGAGCGCCGUCACUCCGAACGUGGUCAAACACACCAUCGGCAGGUCGCACUUCAAAGUCACAAAGAAAAGCCACGACUGGCUCGGCUGCUGGGGACACCACAUGAAGUCUCCUGGUUUCAAGGCCAUCGGAGAACACCAGAAGUUGAACCACUUCCCAGGAACCUUUCAGAUUGGCAGGAAGGACCGACUGUGGAGGAACCUCUCCAAGAUGAAGGCUCGCUUUGGGAAGCAGGAGUUCAGCUUCUUCCCCCGCACCUUCAUUCUUCCUCAGGACAUCAAGCUGCUCCGCAAGGCCUGGGAGGACGGAGUCUCCCGGCAGAAGUGGAUCAUCAAACCUCCGGCAUCAGCCAGAGGAAUCGGGAUCCAGGUCAUCCACAAAUGGAGCCAGAUGCCACGUAAGAGACCACUACUAGUUCAGAAAUACCUUCACAAGCCCUACCUCAUCAGCGGCAACAAGUUCGACCUGAGGAUCUACGUCUACGUGACGUCCUACGACCCGCUCAGGAUUUACAUCUUCACCGACGGGCUGGUCCGAUUCGCCAGCUGCAAGUAUUCGUCUUCCAUGAAGACUCUGAGCAACAAGUUCAUGCACCUGACGAACUACAGCGUCAACAAGAAAAACUCUGAGUACCAGACGAACAGCGACGACAAGGCCUGCCAGGGACACAAGUGGGCUUUGAAGGCCUUGUGGCAGUUUCUCGGUUCUAAGGGAGUCAACACCACUUUGAUUUGGGAGAAGAUUAAAGACAUCGUGAUCAAAACCAUCAUCGCGUCAGAGCCGUACGUGAACAGCCUGCUGAAGAUGCACGUGAAGACGCCGUACAGCUGCCACGAGCUGUUUGGCUUCGACAUCAUGCUGGACGAGAACCUCAAACCCUGGAUCCUUGAAGUGAACAUAUCACCCAGCCUCCACUCCAACACAGCGCUGGAUGUUGCCAUCAAAGGUCAGAUGAUCAGAGAUCUCCUGAACCUGGCCGGCUUUCAUGUUCCGCAAAAAGAUGUGGUCGCUCCCUGCAGCUCCACCUCCAGCUCCACCAGCAGUCUGUGUGGAGCGACGAGGGAGAGGACCAAACUAGACCUGUCCACUGAUGAGAAGGUUAAAAGGGCAUUUUACCUCACACAGCGCUACGCCGACCAGGAGUUCCUCUCCACGGUGAUGGACGUCUUGACUCCAGAGGACGUUCGCGUGCUGGCAGAGAGCGAGGACGAGCUGAGCCGCCGGGGAGAGUUCGAGCGAGUUUUCCCGUCGCCUUCGUCGUCCCGCUACCUCCGCUUCUUCGAGUUUCCGAGAUACCUCAACAUCCUGCUGGACCAGUGGGAACGGAAAUACUGGAGCAGCAGGACGAAAGGUAUCAGUCUGCUGCAGACUCUCUGUCAGAACGGAGUUCAUCUGGGAACCAGCGAUCCUGCUCACAUAUGGUCCAAGUGUAGCUACGUCUCCAGGUGUGAAGACCUCGUCAGCCCAUCCAGAUCCAGGGUGGUCGUCAGCCAUCGUCACCGCUCACUUCACGAUGACAACGACGGCGCUUCGGACGGGGAAGUCGCCCGCGUCUCCAGCCUUCCUGUUUCUCCCAGUCCUGGGUCCAGUGUCACCAGCAGUGCCUGCACGAGCCCUCAGCCCAGCCCCACCCAGAGCCUGCUGCCGCACCAGUUCGCCUCGCUCUGACCAUCGGGUUUGCCAACAUGACGCUCAGGGUCGUAUUUAGCCUCAUCCCCUCCCUCAGCACCCUUUUCCUUCACGUCUGAUAGAUCUUUAAACUCUAGAUGAGAAAUGCACUCAGAAGUUUGAAGCCCGGUCUUAACCAACACUUUAGAAGAAGGGAAUUUGGGUUUUGAACAGAAUUAAAGCUUCGGAAACAGAUACUAAUGGGAUUUUGGGCAGGAAGCAGCUUUUCGGAAUAUUUCAGCGCUCAAGUCACGAGUGUCGCAGCUUAAAAAGGAGUCAUCGGUGUGACCGUGACCGUAAUGACGCUGAUAGAACCCUGCGCAGUCCGCACAACGCCAUCUUGCAUAAGAUCACGAGAAAUAAGUUGUUCUGCUGUGUUCUUUGCGAGUACUGUGGCACGUCAUAGUAUUUUAAUCCAUCAUGCAGUAUCUUAGUGUCUUUAAACCCGGGCAUGUUUUACUGGAACUUGACGGCACUUCACACCUGCACCAAGAGAUUCGUAUUUAAAACUUGAGGUAAAAAAUUAGGUAAAACAUAUAAAAACCAGAACGAUCUCCUGCUGUGCUCAUCACAUGUGAAAGAUAAACUCUUAAAAAACUUAGUUCAUUGUUUUCCUGGACAUUUUCCAGAGUUCACACAAA